AUGAUGGCAGGUGAUUGAUUGCAGGGAAAAUAUGGGGUUUGUGUCUCUUGGUUAGAGUGUAAUAGUGCCUAUAGCAGCACAGCAUCCAGUUUACGCCUGGUGUUCUGUGUGUGCCUCUCUCUCUUUCUCGCUCUCUUUUUCUCCCUCUCUCUUUUUUUCCGUCUUUCUCUCUCUCUCUCUCUCUCUCAUCCCACAGAGACUGGAGGACUACCAGAGGAGGCUAGACCUCUCGUCUCUGAAGCAGACAGAGAACCCCGUGAUUUCAGAGCUCAAGGUGAGGCGAUCUAUAAAGCGUUUUCUACUCCUGCCCGCAAUACUGCUCUUUUAGUCUGCAGUCUACCCACAACAUUUUAGUUAGUUUUUGUUUCUGCAGGGGAGCCACUGCAGUUAUGAAAGGGGAAAUUAUUUGUUUAAAUGUCUGCUGGUAGUGCUCGAAAUUGGACUAGAUCAUGCAGCUCCAUUCUUUGGGGUGGAAGGGUACCUGUUUCCAAAGUGAAAGCUAAUAGGGAUCUGACUAAACAAAUAAACCCUGCUAAUCUGACCUUUUUGACCUUUCCUCCCUCCACGCUCAGAACCUGGACCUGACCAAGAAGAAGAUGGUCCACGAGGGACCACUGUCAUGGAAGGUCAACAAGGACAAGACUAUUGGUAUGCUUUCGACUUUAUCUGGCGUUUAUGUGGAUAAGUAGGGUCAAGGAGGUUUUUCCUGACCAAUGCGAUACAACCAGGGAAAACUCUUGGCCCUAGUUGUAGACUACAACUGCAAACAGGGCCCGGACUAAUUCCAUCUCAGGUCAUGUGGUCAGGAAAAACUCCUGGCCCCUAAGACAAACAACCUGAUGUAAUGGGAGAAAUUAUAAAAGAAACACGGUUGUUGCCUAAUGAGAUAUAAUACUAAUAUAAUUGUGAUGUCUAUGUCCAUUGUAGUGUUCUAUGUAAUUCUGUGGUUAAAUCCCCUCUUCUUCUGGUCUCAGAGCUGUACACCCUGCUCCUGGAGGACAUCCUGGUACUGCUGCAGAAGCAGGACGAGCGCCUCAUCCUCAAGUGCCACAGCAAAAACCUGUCGGGCACCGCCGACACCAAGCACAUCUUCAGCCCCAUCAUCAAGCUCAACGCGGUGCUGGUGCGCUCUGUGGCCACAGGUGAGUUACCAUAGAGAUACAGUCAUACCAUUAGUUUCCCUGACCAAGAUGGCCACCCUGUAGUCAUGCUACCUGGAAUGCCAAUGUCCAUUCUAGUGUUCUAAUUGAAAUCUGUUUGAGUUAGAUCCAAACUUGUUAACACAAUGACUCCCAGCUCAAAUUACACCCUAUCCCCCUAAAUAGUGCACUACUUUUGACCAGUGCCCUAUGUGGCAGCCCUAUGUGACUGUUGUCAAAAGUAGUGCACUAUAUGGGGAAUAGGGUGUGAUUUGAGACACAACCAGGAGUCUGAACCUGUUUUCCUGCUAUUCCCUCUCCCAACAGACAACAAGUCAUUCUUUGUUCUCUCAAUGUCGGACAACGGGGCCCAAAUCUACGAGCUGAUGGCCCAGACCGUAUCAGAGCAGAGAAUGUGAGUCCUCCUGACACUGUGGUUUAGUCAUGAUAGCCACAACUUUAAAAAACCCAUUCAGUUUAGCUUAAUUCACUGGAGUAGGUAGAAGUUGCCCCUAACCACUGAUACAGAGUCAGAUAUUUUUCUUACCUGUCUUAGUAGUGAAGGUUAGCAAUGGAGGUAGGGUUAUCUGAUCCUAGGUCUGUGGUAAGGAACACCUUUUACCCACAGUCUAUUCGCCUCUGUCUGUCUUGUGUGUCUGUCUGCCUGUAUCUGUGUUUGUCUUUCUGUCGGUCGGUCUGUCUGUGUGUUGUCAUCCUCCCUCCACCAGGUGGCAGCGGCAGAUCACCCAGAGAGCGGACGCCAUGAAAGUGAAGCCAAACAUCCCCUUACCUCAAACAGAGUACGUUCCUCCUCUCAGUAUAAAACGUAGUUGGUUUUAUUAAUCAGCAAAUGUAUUUUAUGAUGACCAUGACCUUGCUUCUCCUGAAACUGACUCUGUGUUCUCUCCCACCGUGUCAGUGGAGCGCGAGACGGUGUGGAGAUCAUCACUGCAGGCGUAGCCCGACUCAGUAAGGAACCGGACUGCAUCUCCUCUGGAAGCAGCCAGUCUAUAGGUAUCUAAGCUAGCACCCCAUCUCUCCAUGUUCCCCCGUCUAUAGUGAUCAGUGUAUUUGAGAACUUCUUCAGUAGCAGUUAGUGACAUUGGUUAAUGUGCAGUGGAGGCUGAUGUCACAGGCUUAUAUCAAUGGCUGGAAUGGAAUGUAUGAAACCGAGUUUUUGAUACUUUCCAUUUAGGUGUCCUUGUUCUCUCCCCAGAUAAAGACUGCAGCUCUGCCUCUGGAGGCGUGAUGCAGACCUCUCUCCCAGAUGCCAACCCCUUUGAAGGACUCAAGCCCGAAGAGGAGGAGCCCAGCCGGGAGGAGGGGCUUUACAGGGACCCGGACCUCGCAGAUAGGCUCCCCUUCCGCAUGGCCGUAGACGGGCUCAGCGAAUCGGACGGGCUGGGCUUCAGUCCUUCUAGAGCUGACGAUGCCUUAAAGACAUGUGAGUGAGAGGACAUCUGCCUCAAUCGCCAAGGUCUCAAGUCUGGAGUGUCAUACUUAGUGGGUCAAGACUUUUCUGACCAGGAAACACUCUAGUUAGAGUUAUAUGAACCUGGUCAGGUCGGUUGGUCAGGGAUAGCUCUCCACCCUAAACAUACAUUACAUAUAUAGAUUUUAUGUGGUGGGGAAUCUAUUCAUCUAAAAUCACACACACACACUCCUCCAUUGGUCUAACCGUAUCUGUCUUCUCUAGUGUCGGCGCUGAAGCAGGUCCUGGUGACCCAGCUCAUGUCGCAGGAGGACGGCGAGGGCGCCGGGCGCUCCUCCUCAGGGGGCGGGCGUCUUCUCAGAACCACAUCCCUGAGGACCCCCGUGGACAGCCGGGCCCGGGUGGAGGUGCAGAAUGGCUCAGGGAGGUGCACCCAGGCCAGCCACCCCGAGGACCAGGCUCAGGAUCUGGUGUCUGGGGACACAGGCUUCUUUGAGUCCCCGGAGGAUUAUGGUAAGCUUGCAGUUGUGUGUGUGUGUGUGUGUGUGUGUGUGUGUGGUGUGUGUGUGUGUGUGUGUGUGUGUGUGUGUGUGUGUGAGAGCGAUCAGUGUUUUUUUAUCCUGGUCUUGGGGACCCAUGGGGGUGCACAUUUAUUUCUAGCUCACACCUGAUUCACCCAACCAAUCUCCCAAUCCACGUGUUGAAUAAGGAGAGUGUUAGUGCUGGAGAAGAACACAAAUGUGCACCCCUGUCACCCUUGGGUUUCCCAGAAUUUAAGAACCCUGUGCUAGAUUGCUCUAGGUUUGCGGACCGCCAGUGCGUAGGUGUGCUGAACAGCAGAGACUCAGCUUGGUCGUAUUCAUUAUGGCACCUCGUAGCAAUACAUUUUGCGACGGAAAACAAAAACCAGCGUUUUAUUCUAUGGACAAGUUCAGUUAGUCCCUCGCUGUUUCAAUCCGUUUUCAUCCCUUUGGUGCCUAAUGAGUUGGACCGUGUUGUUGUGUCUCCCAGCAGGGUACCUGGUCCUGGAGGGCUACGGUGGCUCGGGGGAGAGCAGCACGGACGACGACCUCCAGGCCACGGGGAAGCAGCUGAGCGCCUCGCGGGGCUGCGGGGCCGGAGACUCUGGGAUCAGCCUGAGGUUCUCCUCCGCCUCACAGGCAGGUAGCAUCUCCAGCUUUAGCCGUCAGGUCCUGUCCCACAUCCGCAACCUGCAGACCAACCUCAACCACCUCAAGGUACGCACACGUGGGAUGGAUGGAUGGAUGGAUGGUUGGUUGGUUGGUUUGUGAAAGACUGACUCACUGGUUGGUUGGUUGGUUGACUGACUGGUUGAUUGAUUUGCUGACUGGUUGAUUUGCUGACUGACUGGUUGGUUGGUUGACUAAUUGGGUGGGUGGGUGACUGACUAGGUGACUGGUUGGUUGGUUGACUGAUUGACUGACGGGUUGGUUGACUGGUUGGUUGAUUGGUUGACUGACUGUUUGGUUGACUGGAUGGGUGGGUGGGUGGGUGACUGACUAGGUGACUGGUUGGUUGGUUGACUUGUUGGUUGGUUGGUUGAUUGGGUGGGUGACUGACUAGGUGACUGGUUGGUUGGUUGACUGACUGGGUUGGGUUGUUGGUUGACUGAUUGACUGGUUGAUUGGUUGACUGACUGGUUGGUUGGUUGACUGGAUGGGUGGGUGACUGACUAGGUGACUGGUUGGUUGGUUGACUGACUGACUGGUUGGUUGGUUAGUUGACUGGGUGGGUGACUGGUUGGGUGGGUGACUGACAUAGAAGACCGAUUUUCGGGAUGUCUCAUGGUCUGACAAACAUCGCUCUAGCUCUGCCACCUUUCACCGCAGAUGCAGAAGGGUGGAUUGAGGCGUAGCCCAUGCAAAAAAACAUAUCUCUAGUUUAAACAGACAGAUUUUUAUGGGGAUUUUUGUAUUAUGUUAAUUUGAUUUCCGCGGUGCCGUUAAGGGUUAAUUAGUAACGUUGAUUUGUAAAUGUGACGUUAAUGCUUUCUCUCAGGAGGUAGAGGCCAAGUAUCACAGUCUACUGCGCCAAAGGCCGGCCAGGUCAUCGACAGACGUGGACGAUAACAAAGGUAACAUGGCUCUAGUCUUACUGAUUACUUUUCCCUCUUUCAGUGUUUCAGUAUUUAUUAGGAAACCCAAGAGCAUGUGAGGCUUGACCGCUGAGUUAUUGUUUAUGGUCUGACUGCCCUGGCCCUUUCUGUUAUUACCUUGUUCCUAGAUAAGAGAUAGUCGCGGAAAUCCCACCCCUCCCAGGCCCCUGCAUCAGGCCGUAAGGGAGGACGUGAAGAUGGAAGAGUUGAUUUCUGCCGUUGACCUGGAUGUCCUCUAUUAGCUUGUCCAAUCAACUGCUGAGUACUUUCCUCCUCCUCCUCCCACCGUGGUUCUCCCCGAGAGACUGAGCAUGAGCGAGAGACAGUUGGAGGAAGGGGGGUUUCUCUGGAUCUCUCCCCCCGCCCCCUCCGUCAGCACAAGGCAAUCAGGGAAGAGGGACUGUCCCAAACCCAGCCCCACCUGCCCCCCCUCCACUGCUGCGUGUCCCCACUCCAAUGGCUGUGGGUCGCCCAGUGCCUCCCCUCCUUUCUCUCUACUCCUAGUCAUCCUUGCAAGAAACAGAACUAUACCAAAAUGUACAAAGCUGUGUGUUUAGGAUAUAUAUUAAACACAAAAACAGAAGCGAGAAGAAAAAGGAACAUUUUAAGAUAAUGUAUUACGUUUUUUUUUUUUUUUCCCAAGAUGUAUUUAUUUUAUCUUUUUUUGUGUUUUCCCAUGUUGCUUGCAUGCUUUUUUUUGGCCAUUUCGACCUCCUUUUAGGCUGCUCAACCCGCUCCACCCACAUCGGUGCACAUGGUAUCCUAUCGUUAAUGAACACAGGAAGAAUAUGCUUGGACUGAGAGGGCAUAGAGUGGGCAUAGAGUUGCACUUUGUGUGGAGCCCCUAUAGGCUGGUGUUUAAGCAGCAGGGCAAAGUCAGGGGCUCUGUCCUGGUCCUCAGUGCAGUUCUACACCUGUCUUAAACUCAUCCCUCCCUCUCCUGUUGGUAAUAAAGCCUGGUUUCCCCCUCUGUGCUGCCCAUGCUACUGCUGAUGUGCCAGUGAUCUGAUAAUGUCACAAAGUUCACACAUUUAUAAACGAUCAAGUUGGAAUGUUAUGCAUAACUUUAAUAAAAAAAUGCCAUGACACAUUUCUAAACCUAAACACGGUUUAUUCCUUUAGUCCUGUUCUCUGCUUUCAUUAGUUUUUUUUUCCCCCAAUGUGGCUUUGUGGUCAGAAAUGGGGAUAGACUUGAAAUGUUCUCACCUUCUCUUACUUCUGACCCUGUAGAUAAAUCACUAAAACUAUUUGAUAAACAAGGAGAUGUGAUGGGACAGAAAGAAACACCAAGUUGCUUGGACUGCAGGACAUACUGCCCUGUGGCUGUGGGAGUGUUUUCAGCACCAUUUUCAGUCAGUGAGGUAACUAUUGGAGGACAAAGGAGUUGGCCUACUCAUAAAAUGUAACCGUCAUAACAAAUGUACAGCCUUUUUCUCUGCAGUUUUGCUCAAUACUGACCAAUCAGGUAGGUAGUGAACAAAAUAGUGCAACCUAUGAGUUUGACUAUGCAGGAACAUGUUGCUAAGCUUUUGUUAGGUAACUGUAAAUUAAUUUUGACCCAUAUACAGUAGUUUUGUAUUUCUCAGAUUUCAACUGUUUUUUUUAGAAACUAUUACAUGGAAUGGAUUCAGCAAUACCAUGACUUAAUUAAUCAAGAACAAGGCUAUCAGGUUGUCCUUGUCCUCCAAUAUGAAGAUGCGGUCACUUAACAUACGCCAGUAGGGGCCAGGCUUUUACCAUCUACCAGAUAGUUAUGAGGAGGACACACCCCGAAACCUGCAAUGACAUCAGUUUUCUCUGUCUGAAACAACGUGUUCUUUUGCUGCUAAAUUUGUAUCUAGUCUGUCAUUGUCUGAUUCAGUUCACAAUAUCUAAUUAAAGAUUUUCUUCAGGCAUCUGUCUGAAAGCUCAGCUACUGUCUGAAAGGUUGAUAGUUAAAUAUACCUGAGAGAAAAUGCCAUUGUACCCUGUUACUGCAAAGCAAUUUAAUGUCUGAAGAAUAACUAAAUCUGCUUUGGAAUUUCACUUACGUAGUUAUCAAGGGUUUUGAGUUAAAUCUAGACUACUUGACAGUGUGUGCACAUUACUUGAUUUUGCCUCU